GAAGGGGGAGAAGGAAGAGGGGAGCCGGGGAGAGCUGGACGAGCGGCGAUGGUGCUGAGGGUGUGAGCGGGGCCGGCGGGGCGGCCGUGCCCGGCGGGGCGAUGGUGCCUGGGCGGCGGCGGCGGCGGCGGCUGUGAGCGGGGCGUCGCCAUGGGCUGCGGGGGCAGCCGGGCCGACGCUAUCGAGCCGCGCUACUACGAGAGCUGGACGCGGGAGACCGAGUCCACCUGGCUGACCAACACGGACUCCGAGAGCCCGCCGCAGGACGGCGGCAGCGCCGAGGGCCCCGGCCGGGAGCAGGGCGGCCCGCGCCCCGGUCUUCUGGAGGAUGGGAAAUUGGCUCACACAGGUGUAUCUACAGCAUCAGCCACAGCUGGAAUGCUGAACCCUGAGAAGAGGAGCAACUGUGGCUCUCAGUGUGCAAACCCCAUAGUCCACAGCACUGGGACUGCAACACAGAGACAGAAUGGCUUCAGGACUACUGAGAGUAAAUGGGACACACAGAAAACGACCACACAAGAAGUUGCCAUUAAUGUUACAAAAGGCAUCAGGCAAAGUGACAGAAGAAAAGCAAAGAAUUGUGCCAAUUAAUGAAGAAAAUUGCAGGUGAGGAUGGACUUAACAAAGCUUCACUGCAAUUUAAAUGUCAGUCACUGAAGACAUGAAGAUCUCUAGGUGUUCCAGGUUGAAUACAGCAGGCAGCUGCUACUGAGUGCCUCCAGAAUCAGGUCUUGUGGAAAGCAGCUGCAAGCCCGUAGACAUCGUUCGUCUAAAGCAGUGGCACUACACAGACAUACACAGAAAUUCAUGAUGUUUGUUUUUUACUGACUUCCAUGUUAUCCCAUGUGUAUGUCCUGUUCCACAUUGCCAUUAAGAUGAGGCUGAAUAAUAAGGGGUACAGCUCAUCACAAUUAAAACCAGGAAAUGAACACAUGAAUCUGCAUUUUUAGUCAUAAAGGGGUUUUGAGUGUGCACAUUCAAACCCACAGAGUUAAUUUAAAGCAGUCACACAUUUUAAAACACAAACCCAGACAACUCAAGAAGGUGAGACUAAAGUCUAGUCUUCCACUAAAUCUCUUUUCAACUAGAUGUAUAGGUUAUAUAUAGUUAAGUCACACAGUAAUGUUUUUAUAUAUUAAAUGUUCAAUUACUUAGUUUUAAUUUAUUGUUCAUAUUGACACAAUUUUGACCUUAAAAAUAGUAGCUUUCAUAUUGGUCAGCCUUACUUGAAGGUCCUAGUCUCAACUAGUAAGCAGAGUUGUGGCUACUUUGUUGUUUUAUAAAUGCCCCUUCGAUUAUGUUCAAGCCCAGUCUGACCAGGAAAAAUGUUACCAUUAACAUAGAAGAAAAUAACCGUAAUUUUAAAGUCAUAUUCUAAUGUCAGUUCAAAAAGUUAACUUUCUUUGAUAAGACAUAAGUAAUUCACUGUGCAGAACUUAUUUAAUACAUUGUGAGCAUCCUGUAUCACAGUACUCAAUGAUUAUAGUAAAUACAUAUCUAAAAGGAAUAUAAAUGUUUAGUAUAGUGAAGUCCAGGAAUUAAUUCAACAUAUUACUUCUUAAUAUGGAAGUAAUAAUAUAUAUUCUCUGUGAGUUUGCAUGUUUAUAAAGAUAAAAGAGGUAAAUUUAUUUGCCUCCCCUAUCAGAUAUAUAUCCAUAAUAUACAUCCAUAUAUAUAUAUGGAUGCAUAUUAGUAUCCUUAAAGGGCCAUUUAAAAGAACUGUUCAAAACAGGCAUACAAGAAUAGGAUUGUGAACUGAACCCUAGUUUAUUCUGUAUUAGGAUCAUUUUAAUAGC